GUCCAACGUUUACGUCAAACAACCAUCAUUGGCACAUUCCGAAGUGGUGUUUAACACCAACAUAAUCUUUCCUAUCGUGCAAGCAAUGAUGUUCAUGGUGAAGAAGAAUGGCUACGAGCCAUAUUUUGUCCCCAGGGAAGAAGAACUUGUAGCUAUGACAGUCCAAUUAAAAAGUAUGCAUGCUACUUUCAAUAAAAGGCAGGUUUAUCGUGUGGAUGGUGUUCGCUUAGGCGCAGCAGAAGACGUGGAAGUGGCUAUCCUGGAGACAGCGGGACCAUUCAAAAGUGACGACAAGUUAAAAGUUACUUUUGAUAACUCGAAAGGGAUGCUUGCCUUGUUGGCAAUGCUCAAGACCAUUGCAGAUAUGUACAAGUACGCUUUGAUUGACGAGUUCAAAAGGUUCAAGCUGUAAUUUGUACAAAUAAGCGGCAAGAUCAUAUACCUUUUAUUA